GGAAAAAAAAGUGAAGUGAAUUUGAAUUGAAUUUUCAGUUUAUUUUUAAAACUAUAAAAAUUCAAUCUUAAAUGAUGCUGGGUGUCUGUUUUACUGCCAAUCUGUUUCACGCCUCAUCGAGAGCAUAAUAAACAGAAAUAGGUGUCUCAUUUUGGAAUCUUCAGUGUGAAGAAGAGGGGAAUAUAAAAUAUUUUGGAAAAAAUUAAAAAAAAAAAAACAACCACGCAGUCAAGAUAAGAAAUAGUGCUAAAAAAUUUUUAUUGCGCUUUUUAUGCAAGGCUCAUCGAAAAAAAUUUGAAAAAAAUAUAUAUAACAACAAACGAAUCGAUACGAAUUGAAUUAAAAUUGGAGAUAUGGUUUAUAUGCAUUGAGUGUUAAUUGUGUUUUAUGCCAAACGAAGCUAAAUUUAAAAAUUUUCUCACGAAAAAUUAAUAAAUUUUUGUAUAAUAACUUGUUAAAGUCAGAUAAUAACAAAAUUAUCAAGGAAUUGAACAAAUCAAAAAUUCUUCAAAAAUAAUUUUAUGAUUUUCCAAAUUCCUGAACAAAAUUCUAAGAAAGAGUGCGUGCUAUAGUUUAACCAGUUAAGUGAAUACUUAAGUGAGUGGUGAGUGAUAUGUGACAAACUAAUGUCGUCGUCUGGUCGUCUUUAAUAAAGUGAAGUCAUUUGACUGACAUUUCUGGUGACAAGUUAAAACUUUAUGAUACUGAUUGUCUACUUCACGAUCACCACUAUUAUAAUGGGACCUUAAUCGGUAGCUCCAGCAGCAGAUACAAAGUUUUGCAAUUUGCGCCGCCUCAGCAGUCAGCAGCAAAGAAGAACAACAACCUCCAAUCCACACACUCGACAACUUAGCUCUGCAGCACUUUUGUUUGCUAUCUCUCACCUUCCCUCGUUGACCCGAUGGCUUGUGAAGAUAGUUCCCAUGCACCUGAGCUUGUGAAAUUCGCUUACAUGCUUUUCGACUUCAGUUACAUUUGAUUGAAACGGAAAUCGGAAGCCAGCAGCCGCAAAUAACAUGAACUGGCAGUUCUAUUGGACAUUAUUGGCUUUAAUGCAGAUGUUUCUUUUAAGUGAGAGCAGUCAUGUACCAUUGGCUAAAGAACAACACCAACAACAACAACAACCCCUACAACUACUACAACAAGAGUUACAAACGGAAGUUAACGCUUCAAUAGGUCAUUUGCCAACACACCCUGCUGUUAGCCAGCAGGCCAACCUGCAGUCGGCCAACCCAAACAGAAGACAUUUUGAACAACACCGACGACCUCAUCAGGAAAAUGUCCAUCAUGGACACAAUGGGCAACGGGUGCAUCGUCUGCAUUCAUAUGAGAAUCGCCGCCACUAUCAUCUCCAUUCUUCACCACAUCAUCGCCAUCAUCAUAGUCAUCGGCGUCCCCAACCACAUCACAGUUGGGUGUCACGACGACCGCCACACCAACACCAGGGGCAUAACCACUUUGGACGUUGGUCCCCUUGGUCAUCUUGCUCCCCCGAUUGUAUGAGGCGACGAGAACGUUACUGCAAAGUAAAGCGGAAAUGUGGUCACACCAAACACAUAGAGGAGCGUAAAUGUCGUAGAUGUCAUCCGGUAACGGAUGAUAGUAAAUGGUCAACAAGUACUACGUCCAACAGUCUAGCACCGCAUGGAGCCCACACUCCACAACAGCCGCAGCAGCAGCAGCAACAACAACAACAGCAACAAAUCUCCAGCAAUACAGCCCCAACCAUAAUCAUUAAUGCAGCAGCAGCUGCUGCCUCUGCACCCAUAGCAACGGCAACAAGUGUCCCCACUGCAUCACCACAUACACAGCCCACACUGAUUGUUGGAACACCAACUGAGCUGAAUAAACAUCAUCCUGUAAUACAAAGUGACGAGCUAAUAGCCCAACAUGUGACCGCUGGUAGCUAUGCCGACGACGACGAUGAUGAUGAUGAAUCGGAUUUUUAUGUCAUAAAGGCCAAAAGAAAAAGGCCACCUCAGCCUAGACCGUCGAUAGUCAGUUACCCAGAUAUACCGGUGCACCAUGACAUACAUGAGGAUUUCUAUUCUGAUGAACAAGCGGAAGAUGCGCUCAAUGAGUUGGGUUCAGCUCAGCCACCUUUUGAAUAUUUGGAAUCCUCUUCCAAUCAAAUAAGGACAAUACUAAGACCAAAUCGUUACAAUGCUCAGCGACAACACCAUGGUCCAGCGCAUCGACAUCAACAUCAGCGCCAUAAUAAUGGGGGCCAACGCAAGCUAAAGGGAGCCAAUGGUGGCGGCGGUACUUUUGAUGAAAGUCUGGAGGGCGAUGUCUUUCAAUAUGAAGAUUUCGAUAUAGACCUUAGCCAUGGUGAUAAUCAGGAAAAUGGCGAUGUCUCCUAUGAAGAUUUUGCCGACUACGCGGACUAUAGAAAUGGCAGCAUACCCAUACCACCAUCUAAGGAAAGGGCCACACCUGAGCAUUUGAUACCAAAGCAUAGGCGAAUUUACUCCAAAUGGAGUAGAUGGACGAAAUGUACACCAAAGUGUACAACGCGGAGAUAUAAAAAAUGUCGCGUUCGCGAACAAUGUGGCCGAGAGGUAUUGCGUGAAAUUGCCUAUUGCUAUACCGAGGGUAGUUUCUGCCAACAAUGGUUGCAGGCUCAAGUUCAAAAAUCUCCCGCCUAUGAAUUGAGGCCUGCAGCGACGCGCCGUCGAGAUGUAAGCGAUGAUGGUACACUGUCGAAUUCCAUUGUCAGUGAUUUCAUAAUGAAUGGCAAAGGCUAUCGUGGACCCGAAUAUACGCCAAUGAAGUUGAAAUGUGGCAUAGCACCAAUACGCAGCAAUAAACGCAAUAUGUAUAAUAUGCUGAAAAUUAUUGGUGGCAAGGCGGCGCGUAAAGGUGAAUGGCCAUGGCAGGUGGCAAUAUUUAAUCGAUUUAAGGAAGCUUUCUGCGGUGGCACCUUGAUUGCUCCCCAAUGGAUUCUGACAGCAGCCCAUUGCGUACGCAAAGUUUUGUAUGUUCGCCUGGGUGAACAUAAUUUAGACCAUGAGGAUGGCACAGAACUACAUUUAAAGGUUCUUAAGAGCUUUAAGCAUCCCAGUUUCGAUAAGAAAACGGUUGAUAGUGAUGUGGCCUUAUUGAAACUUCCAAAACCCGUCAACACAACAACCUGGAUAGGUUUCUCUUGCCUGCCAAAACCCUAUCAACCUCUGCCCAAGAACAUGGAAUGUACUGUCAUCGGUUGGGGAAAACGCCGCAAUCGUGAUGUGGCUGGUACCAGUGUCUUGCAUCAAGCUGAAGUUCCCAUCAUAUCCAUGGACAAUUGCCGUUCUGUGUACUACGAUUAUACAAUAACCAAAAAUAUGUUCUGUGCUGGCCACAAACGUGGACGCAUUGAUACCUGUGCUGGAGAUUCGGGUGGUCCCUUGUUAUGCCGUGAUACUACCAAACCAAAUCAUCCAUGGACCAUAUUUGGCAUUACCUCAUUCGGUGAUGGUUGUGCGAAACGCAAUAAAUUCGGUAUUUAUGCCAAAGUGCCCAAUUAUGUGGAUUGGGUAUGGUCGGUCAUCAAUUGCAAUGGAAAUUGUAAAAUGCAUCAGCGUCUAUAGGUAAGGUCAGCAGAGUAAAACUCCAAUGAAGAAAAAAUAACAAAAAACGCCCAAUAGUGUUUGUAAGCAUAUGUAUGUAAGUAGAAGACGAAAUUUUUAUGUAUAUGUUCAUUUAUGGAUUUCAGUGAGUAAGUUUUAGCUUUAUGAUUUAUGUAUGAUUUUUAUUUAUUCACAAUUUUCAGUUUUAUUCAUAUUUGUAAAAAACUUUGUGUAUUUUAUUUUUUUUUUGUUAAAACUUCAAAUGGGUAAUGAUGUGUUGUUUGUAUGAAGCUUGGAUUUAUCAGGCAUGAACAGAUUUUUGGUCUAAGAUACUCUUACAAUUUAUAUUUUCUAUGAUUAUUUACGUAUGAUUUAUGAGGUUUUGGUCUAAGCUGGCACAGUGGGUGUGAGUUAAGACAGCGCAAGCAAAAAGUUGAUACCAAGAAUAUGAUUUAUUAAGAAGAAUUUUUUAAACAGGUAAAAUUUGAUAUAAUUGGAUUCAAUUACCCAAUAUUCAUCUUUGCUCUCCAUAUCCCUUAUAUCUUUACCUUAUACUUGACCUUACGAUCAAGAAUUGAUAUAAUUAAGAGUCAGAGCACUCUUUUCCCAUCGCUACUUUGGUAUCAGAUGGGAUUACAUUUGCCUAGAAUUCGCUCUGAUGUUGAAACAUACAGACGUCUGCACAGCGAUCUCAAAGAAAGUACCAGAAGAUACAAGCGAAAAUGGAUCUUAAGCACUACCAAAGAAAUGCGGCUAGCAGCAGAAACACACCGAACCAGUGACCUUUUUAUACUCACCACAGAAGGAUGGGGGCAUAUUAACUUUGUCAUUACGUUUGCAACAUAUCGAAAUAUCCAUUUCCGACCCUAUAAAGUAUAUAUAUUCUUGAUUUGCGUUAAAGUCUAAGACGAUCUAGCCAUGUCCGUCCGUCUGUCUGUUGAAAUCACGCUUUAGUUUUUAAAAAUAGAGAUAUUGAGCUGAAAUUCUUUUUUUUGUCCAUAAGCAGGUUAAGUUCGAAGAUGGACUAUAUCUUGAUAUAGCCCCAUAUAGACCGAUCCGCCGAUUUAGGGUCAUAGGCCCAUAAAAGCCACAUUUAUUAUCCGAUUUUGCUGAAAUUUGAGACAGUGAGUUGUGUUAGGCCAGUCAACAUCCUUCUUCAAUUUGUCCAGAUUAGGAUAUAGCUGCCAUAUAGACCGAUCUCUCGAUAUAAGGUUUUGGGCUCAUUAAAGGCGUAUUUAUUGUCCGAUGUCGCCGAAAUUUGGGACAGUGAGUUGUGUUAGGCCCUUCAACAACUUUCUGCAAUUUGGCCCAGAACGGUCCAGAUUUGAAUAUACCUGCCAUAUAGACCGAUCUCUCGAAAUAAGGUUUUGGGCCCAUUAAAGGCGCAUUUACUGUCCGAUUUGUUACUGUGAGUGUUGUUAGGUUCUUCGACAACUUUCUGCAAUUUGUCCAGAUCGGUCCAGAUUUGGACAUAUAGACCGAUCUCUCGAUUUAAGGUUUUGGGCCCAUAAAAGCGCAUUUUUUUGUCCGAUUUUGCAGAAAUUUGAGACAGUGAGUUGUGUUAGGCUCUUCGACGUCCUUCUGCAAUUUGGCCCAGAACGGUCCAGAUUUGAAUAUAGCUGCCAUAUAGACCAAUCUCUCGAUUUAAGGUUUUGGGCCUAUAAAAGGCGCAUUUAUUGUCCCAUGUCGCCGAAAUUUGGGACAGUGAGUUAAGUUAAGCCCCUCGACAUAUCUCUGCAAUUUGGUUUAGAUCGAUCAAGAUUUAGAUAUAGCUGGCAUAUAGACCGAUCUCUCGAUUUAAGGUUUUGGCCCAAUGAAAGGCGCAUUGAUUGUCCGAUGUCACCGAAAUUUGGGACAGUGAGUUGUGUUUGGAGCUUCGAAAUUUUUCUGCAACUUGUCCCAAAUCGGUUCAGAUUUGGAUAUAGCUGCCAUAUAGACCGAUCUCUCGAUUUAAGAUCUUGGGCCCAUAAAAGGCACUUUUAAGUCCGAUUUUGCCGAAAUUUGGGACAAAGGUUCUUUGACAACUUUCUGCAAUUUGGCCCAGAUCGGUCCAGAUUUGAAUAUAGCUGCCAUAUAAACCGAUCUCUCGAUAGGAGGUUUUGGGCCCAUCAUCAUGUACCAUUUGUCGAUGAAGCUGCUAUGGGGGCAUAAAUUAUGCAUUUUUCAACGGAUUAUGAGGAAAGGUGGUUUACAUAUAUACCCGAGGUGAUGGGUAUCCCAAGUUUGGCCAGGCCGAACUUAACGCCUUUUUACUUAUUCUACUUGCUAAGAGACGAAUAAAAACUCGGCUAUAACAUCGAAACCUCUGCGAGAUAAUCAAGAAGAGAAGCAACUCUAACUAUGGCACGAAUUCUACCACUCAAUACUGUCGCUUUCCAAUGCAAAUGAGCAAACGUUAUGCCCUUGCACACACCAUACAGAUAAUGCGAAUAUUUCUACAAACUCACUCUACCUCGGGUAUCUGAGAUAUACCAAGCCAUUCAAUCUUUGAAAAACAACAAAGUCUCAGGUCCGAACAACAUUUCACCCGAGUUAUGAAGGGCAGACCCCGGCAUAAGCGUCUAAAUACUAUUAUUACCCCCUAUUCACCGUAGCGCAGAGGUUAGCAUUUCCGUCUAUGACGCUGAACGCCUGGGUUCGAAUCCUGGCGAGAUCAUCAGAAAAAAAAUUUUCACCGGUGAUUUUCUCCUCCUAAUGCUGGCAACAUUUGUGAGGUACUAUGCUAUGUAAAACUUCUCUCCAAAGAGGUGUCGCACUGUGCCACGCCGUUCGGACUCGGCUAUAAAAGAGAGGCCCCUUAUCAUUGAGCUUAAACUU